AGAGAAGAAGACAUGAAGGCAGAAAACAACUCCACCCACUCCACUCCUCUCCUGUUGAGAAAUCUACUGCGAUUCUCAUCGGAGAGCUUCAUCCAAAGCCUGCUCCUCCGCUCCGACACUGAACUGCGACAACAGCGAUCAAACUGCUGGUUAGAUCCCUGAGUUUUGUCUGUGCCGUUUCAGCUGAAGAGAAGAGCUUCCUCUGUCUUCCAUCAGCAGGAAGAGAAGACAGAACUGAACAAACCUCGUCAUGAACUGGGCAUUCCUCCAGGGCCUCCUCAGUGGGGUGAACAAGUACUCCACAGCUUUUGGCCGAGUGUGGCUCUCUAUCGUCUUCCUCUUCAGGGUCAUGGUGUUCGUGGUGGCGGCGGAGAAGGUUUGGGGCGAUGAACAGAAAGACUUCAAGUGCAACACGGCUCAGCCCGGGUGCCACAACGUCUGCUAUGACCACUACUUUCCCGUCUCCCACGUCCGGCUGUGGGCCCUUCAGCUCAUCUUCGUCACCUGCCCGUCUCUCCUGGUGGUUAUGCACGUGGCCUACAGGGACGAUAGGGAGCGGAAACACAAGCUUAAGUACGGUGAGAACUGCCGCCGCCUCUACCUGAACACGGGCAAGAAGCGCGGAGGCCUGUGGUGGACCUACGUCCUCACUUUGGUCUUCAAAAUAGCCGUGGACACGACCUUCGUCUACCUCCUCUACCACAUCUACGAGGGUUACGACUUCCCCUCGCUCAUCAAGUGCGGAGAGGAUCCCUGCCCCAACUUGGUGGACUGCUUCAUCGCUCGGCCCACCGAGAAGCGCAUCUUCACCAUCUUCAUGGUGGUCACCAGCCUGGCCUGCAUCCUCCUCUCCAUUUUCGAAAUCCUCUACCUGGUUGGCAAGCGGUGCCGCGAGUGCUUCACCAAGCUCCAUAACUCUCACCAAGUCGAUACCGACAGGAUGUCCAGUGGAAACACCUUGAUGGAGUCAAACACUCUAAAAAAGACCCCUCAAACGCCUGCUCCUUCAUACAGCGUCGUCAUUGCUUGAGAUACCGAGAAUAAAGGCAAAGACUUGAUGAGAGACAAUGCUGCGGGAAAGGAAAACAUGCCUCUCCUUCCUCUGAAGGCACUUCCUUAAAAGACUUGUCGGCAGACAUUUGUGUGCUCAGAGACUGAACUACUACGGAUGUAGUUCUUUACUGUUUUCGUGUCCACAUGUCAGAGAAUUAGACAUUUUGGACCACAGGACAUAUGUGUCAUUGAUCUGGAAUGUGCACACUAUUGUGGGUUUGGGUCAGAGUAUUUUUUUUCUUUUUAUAGCUGAAGUUCUCCACUUCUUGCAAAGGAAAAGCCAGUUAGUGUGAUUCAGAUUUAGCCUUAACGCCAAUUACAUGAGUCACCCCAUGGUUUGGAGACAGUUUUACAAACACAUGUGGUUUUCUGUGUAAAGUUUUCCUUCUGCUCGGCGCCCAGCCCCGAAAAAGUUCAGCCCAAGCUGUACUGCGUCUUCUCCCUUCACUCCCUCUUGUUCAUAUCUGGCUCUUUGUGAAUGUACUCUACUUAAUUUAUCAAAAAGGUUUGAAAGAUUGUGCAUAUUACUGUCCUGACCUCUUUUGAACUGCCUCCUGUACACAGGCACGAGAGAGCAAUGAAGUCAAGAUGUAGUGUUGUAAACACAGUUGUUAAUAAUAAUACCAGGAUGUUCAUAUUCCCCAGUGUUGCAGUGCAGUGUGUGGCUGCAUAGUUGUUAAUAAUAUUUUUCAUUAAAGAUUAUGAUUUUCAUGG